AUGCCCAGAAACAGAAACGCAGUCUCGGUUCCAGCAAACAUACACGCCCAACUUAAGAAUAAGCAGAGUUUUGAUGCGUUCACCCACAUUGACUCGUCGCAAAUCAUGCAUUUGGAAAGCCUCGACCAAAGCGACCUGCGUACAGACCACACUGCUCGUCUGAUUCAACUGCUUACAGAGGUCAAGAGCUUAACACAAACAGAAUGGGAAAACUACUUGACAGAAAACAUAGAGAAAAUAUUCAACUAUGGGCUGAAUGAAAGCAUUUUCUCCCAUAUGUACAUGAUGAGCAGCGAGAUCAGGAAAGCCUCGUUCAAGCAUAUAGUGUCGGAGGUUCUGACCAAUCCAAACUACAAGACUACAUAUUUGAAAUCUCUGGAGAAUGACAAUGAUUAUAUCGCAGAUCCCGAAGAGGUCCUACAAAGGAUGCUUAUUAUUUUGUUCCCGGAAGAUAAUGACUCAAAGAUUUUCACUUUUGCGCCAGCCAAGGAUGCCCCCGUAAUACUUGAGUUCGCUUUGGCACCAAAAACCCACAAAAACAAUGCGAUCCCCCGCACAAUAAGCCUAUAUAGCCAACUGGACCCCUCUACCUCCAACGCGCAGGAGCAGCCACUCAUACCAAAAAAGUCCCCGGAUGCCAUUCGUUGGGAGUAUCUGUUUCUGCUUAAACGGGCCCACCACCCAACCGCGCUCCAGAUAGUACGCAACAAGCAGCCACCCAUAGAAACUCAGCAGGUUGAAAUUCAAAUGCAAACUGAGGAAGCUCCCAGAUCUAGGAUUAGUCCUACCUUGAGGAAGGUGUUCAUUUGGUUACCAAUCGGGUUAUUGGUUGUCGUUUUUGUUAGUUGUGUCGGCUUACUUUUAUGGUCCAUCAUUUCCGAUGAAAGCGUCUUCUCUGUUUUCAAUAGUAAUCCUGCACUCAAAGCAAACCGUGUCUGA